UUUGACAUCAACAUCAUCUGAAAUUUGACAUUUGUGCAUGUACAAGUUCCAAGUGCAAGUGGUCGAUGUAAAUAAUUAUGAUUUUGUAUUUUAUAAAAUUAAAUUAAAUGCAACAGAUUACAAAGAUGAUAUUAAUCAUGUUAUCUAGUAAAUCGCUUAUAUUUUUCCGGUAAUAUUUAAUUUCAUAAAAACAAUAAUGGAUUUUUAUGUAGUAGAUGAUAAUGGGUCAAAAAACAAAAUUACAAACAUUGAAUGGAGCAUGAUGGACAAAACAAAAUUCUUUCCUCUAUCGAUGUUAAGUUCAUUUUCAGUUCGAUGCGCCCUUUAUCCUUUAACAUUAAUUAAAACUAGAUUACAAAUUCAGAAGCACAAUGAUCUAUAUACAGGUAUGUUUGAUGCAUAUGCAAAAAUAUAUAAAUAUGAAGGUUUUGCUGGUCUCUAUAGAGGAUUUUGGGUGUCAUCUGUACAAAUAGUUAGUGGAGUUUUUUAUAUAUCGACUUAUGAAGGAGUGCGUCAUGUAUUGCAUCAAAAAAAUGUAUCUUCUAGUCUAAGAGCACUUAUAGCAGGAGGAUGUGCUUCUGCAGUGGGGCAAACUAUAAUUGUGCCAUUUGAUGUACUUAGUCAACAUUUAAUGAUGAUGGGUGUGCACGGUAGAGAGGAACAGGGAUUCAAUAAUUUAGGAAUAAAAACUAAACCAGGUCAAAGUAAAUUUGUUUUGACAAUGGAAGUGGCCAAACAAAUUUUCAAAACAGAUGGACUUGUUGGAUUUUAUAGAGGUUAUUUUGCCAGCUUGUGUUCAUAUGUCCCAAACUCAGCUUUGUGGUGGGGUUUCUACCAUUUUUACCAAGAACAUUUAUAUGCAAUAGCACCAAGCUGGUUUUCACAUCUUUUGCUGCAGAGCAUCUCUGGAACAUUAGGUGGAUUUACUACAACUCUUUUGACUAAUCCUUUAGAUGUGGUUAGAGCGAGAUUACAAGUACAGAGAAUAGGAUCCAUGCGGUGUGCAUUUAGAGACUUGUGGGUAGAAGAGGGUAUCAAUAUGUUUACCAAAGGUCUAAGUGCAAGACUUAUACAGUCAGCUACAUUUAGUUUUAGCAUAAUUAUUGGGUAUGAAACAAUAAAAAGAAUAUCAGUAAACGAAGAAUAUAAAAAAUAUGUUAAAUGGUGAUGUUCUUUUUUUUAUCUUGUUAUACUGUUUUUGUUAUAUCGUUUUUUUACCAAUUCACUGAAGGUUACUCAUUAAAUGAUGUUCAAAAUAUAGUUAAAAUAUAUUAUUUAUUAUGUCGAAUGCAAUAACUUGUUAUUUAGUAGUAUAAAUACAUGUAUAUAAGUAGAAA